CACAACUCGGCUCUCGUUCGGCGGCGCUCGGGAGAUGCUGGCGACGGCGGCGUUCACGUCCGGGGAGAGAGGCACCGUGACGCGGACUCGGCGACGACGAGAUGGCGCGCUCCUUCCCGCACCUACAAACGUUCUAGGCGUUCAGUCCAAGAUGUGAUCAUCAGCUCAGUUUCUAUAGCAACCCGAUAUCAGAGUUUCAUAGUUUCUAAAAACUCAUUUCCACAAUGCAGUCCUCCGGUUGCUCCUCUCAGCCUGCCAAGCCACGGCGUUUUGAUGUCAGCAGGCGGCCCGCUGCUUUAGCUGCACCAAGGUCUCGUGGUCUUCAGAAGGAGGAUAAAAACAUGAAUACCAUCUCUUCACCCUCUCCUCGACGGGUGACCAGAGCUCCCGUCGCUCUCCCCAGAACCAGGCCGGCGGUGCAGCCUCGAGCACCAAUGAGCCAAAGCAGAUUUGGGACUCAAAAAGCUUGCGCUGCCACCUCCAAACCAGCUAAACCCAAACCCAAGAGCGUCCGUGCGUCUGUGGCAACCAAGAUCGCUCCAAAUCUUCCACCGCCUCCCGCAGUUCUCCCCCUCGACCCCAACUGCAACGAGCCCAGCCUGCCAUGUCUCUGCUGCGACGGGCGCUCGCCGCAGGACAACAACAGCAUGUUCAACCAUAACCACAACAACAACAACACCGUUUCUCUCAGGCAUCAACUGCAGCUUCCUCCGCCGCCUCCGGCCGUCGCAGCUUUGAGGCAAGAAAGGGCGGGGACUAAGGAGUUGCCCCAUCAGGUGGAGGCCCCCAAACUGGAGCCUGCUCCCCAACCUGCCGCCGCGGAUGAAAAUAAAUCAGACAUGGACGAUAAGAAAGAUGUCAAAUCAGAAGAAGAGGACGAUGAAAGCAGCAGCGGUGACAUCGACAUUGAUGACGAGGAUGACGGUGAUUGCGAUGACGACGACGACGAUGAUACCCUGGUGCCCUCAUGCUGUGACUGCCCGCCAUCUCUCUUGGAGUUCUCGCUCUCCUCUUCUACCUCGUCCUCCUCUACUUCUAUUAGCUCCUGCUCCGAUCUGGAGUCUGACUGUGCAGAACAAUACACCCCCCAAAACCAACCAGUCAAGGUCUUGUCUCCUGAAUGUCAGCCGCCCGCCCGGUCACUCCCCGCCUUACCUCUUGGCCGUGGCCCCUACUCUUUUACGUCACACACCCCCAUUUCAUCCCCAGAUGAGGGCUACCCCUCCGCCCUGGACACUCCUUCUCCAGACUACUUGGGAGUUAAGGGCGAUCCCGAAGUCACCAAGCUGGGUUUGCUCGACUUCCUAGAAUCGGUCGGAGAGUUUGGGAAAAUGGAACGCUUCAGCCAGGUGAUCCAAGUGGCUCGCUGGGAUUUAGAGGGUGAGCAGAACUGGGAUGUCUUACGGGAUCGGUUGGAUCACCUGGAUCGCUUGGAGAAGGUCAACAGGGAGGUAAAAGUGGCCUACAUCUCUAGGCUACAUGAGAAGGGAUUGGAUCUUGGAGAUCUCGAAGAACGGGAUCUCUCCGAUUUGAUGGAUGAAAUGGGCAACAUUGACAUCGGCUGGAAGUUGUACAAAACCCGAGGAGGGUUCAUGGGAGACUCUCAGGAGUUCUCUGAUGCAGGGGUUGACCUUACCGCUCCAUCGGACUGCGAUGAUCCUCUCGCUCCGGACUCCCUCAGCCCUUCCCCUGCUGACCCGCCACCCCGACCUCCGAAACCUCCGGCACGUCACGCCAGUGUCAACUCCGACCUCCACACCUACAUCAAUAUCAGCCGGGAGACCACCUCCAUGGCCGUUACCACCUCUCCUACCUUGACCACCUUCUCCCCCAACUCUUCCUCUCCCACAUUUACCACCUUUCGUUGCGAGAAAUCCUUGCCUUUGUCGCCACCGUCCAUCCCGCCCCUCCCUCUCUCCAAACCAGUCCCUUACCUUACUCUUUACACCACUUCCUCCCCGUCAAUACCCACCCCGACUCCUCCCAUUCCCCCACCCCGAAGGCGACACCUAGCUAGGAAGGAGGCGCAGCGCCUUGCUGCCCUUCAAGCCGAACAAGAAAAGACCCCCCUGUCCUUACCGCCUCCUACUACCCGCCCUCCUCCUUUGCCUCCUCCGCCCAUUAUCUCCUCCUCUCUGCCUCCUCCAAGUGUUCCUCCACCUGCCCUGCCUCCUCCACCUUCCUUCCAUGCUCUGGAUGUGGAGAUCCGAAAGCUCCUGAUGCUUGCAGGGUUGACCCAGGCCGAACUCCUCAAACUGAGCCCGGAGCUCGGCGACUGCGUUGGGUCAUUAGAGGAAGAGGUCGGCGGAGAGCCAGUUGAGUUCAGGCUAAGAGAAGAAUAUGCCGAAGAUGGAUGGACCAGCAAAAGUAAACUGGCGAGGACUCAAGAGUCAGUUUUUCCAGAGGAAGUAAAGAUGGAAGCCCAGAGAACCACCUCAUUCUCUGGCAUGGCACAAAGAAGGAAGAAGAACAGUAUUCUGACAUCAGACACUUACUACAGCACCAUCUUCAAUAAUAUGCAAGAAACUAAAGCUAAUAAUUUUGAGUCUGGUCAAAAUGCAGGCAAGGGACUCACUUCACCUGCCCCUCCUCCUCCACCUCGCCCACUGCCCCCAGUACCCCCAAGUGUGCCAUCCCUCAAAGUCAGCACUCUCCAGGCUAACUCUGCACAGCCUGAGCGCUUUGAUUGGCUCAUAGCAUUCACCCCCGAUGCAGGCGCACCGCCACAGCCCCCCGAAAUUAAGAAACCUCAGGUAGAGACGGCAAAAAAGAGCCCCACAGCACCGAAGGUCACUAGCUUCAAAGAGCUGCGCUACCGCAACAAGAACGCCGCCCCUGCAACUAGGUUUAUCAUCGAGCCGGACCCCGACCCCACGGUCAUCACCCCUGACCCCGACAUACUGUACAACCUGAAGUGGAGGCGGGAGAAGGAGGGCAGCGGGGGUAGUCAGUGGGAGUACACCUCGCAAGCUCAGGCCCUGCUCAUGCAGCCACCUCCGGCCCUCACCUCUAUGGCGGCGCUGAAGGAAAUGCUCCAGAGGGCCGACAAGGAAAGCGGUAAAAGAAGCGACAAAACGGGCGCUUCGGUCAGCGACAGCAGCCUAUGGACGAUGAGCAGGGAGUGGGAGCGGGAAGAUAUGAAGAGGGAGGAGAAAGAACGGCGGGAAGAAGACGAGGCGGAUGUUCGAGGACAAGCCGACGGAGGGAGGACUCUUGAAUCAAGAACCACUGUUUCCUCCCCCCCGCUGUCCCUAACCCAGCCCCCCCAGCCCUACUUCCUGCACACUGCUCCUUCCAACGCUCACCCAGGUCGCUUCCAUAUCAAUGCCCGACCAAACGCUCAUGCGGGCAGAGAGUCUUUAGACUCGCGGCGGGCCCAAGCUGACUUUGACUUAGAUUCUGCGUUCAGCAACGACUCAAGGGCCGGUUUUGACGCUCAAUACCGUGAAUUUGAGCAAAACGCAGCAGCAUUCUAUUUGACUGACUACAGCAUCCGUGACAGUUGGGAUUCUCCGACUAAUUCGGACUCCCUCUACCGCAGUGACAAGGCGGGCUUUGCAGUCCCGAAUGCCGCACCGGGCUGCACCACGCCGUAUAGGAACGUAGACGUCAUGAUGACUUAUUCAUGCAAGCCAAAGAAGCAAACAGACCAUAGCACUAACCAGUUCAGGACCUCCAAAGAGCUUCCCCCUCUGCCCACCUACUACCUGCACCGCUCCAAGAACUGCCCACUGCAUGGGGGCUCCCCUCCCCGACUCUCCCCCGUUGGAGCCCUCUCCCCUCCUCAGCGCUCGGGGGCAGGCUCCGACCUCAGCUCGCCACUUUUCCCCCGCUCGCACACACUCCCCGCCCUUGUCGCCCCCCUUUACUACCCUCACCUUUACCCCCCUAUUCCCCCCUGUGCUCCCCCGCGGCCCCCAAAACUCUACCAGGCUUCACAGCAGCCUCGCCUGGCCACCGUCCGCAGUGUAUCGUUCGGCGGAGCUGCGCAACGAGGUGAGGCGUCCUGGAUGGGUGAAGAUGCGCCGCAACCGAUGAGAGGCCCGCGUCUGUCCUCUCUGCACCUCCUGGAAAAGAGAGCUCUUGUCGGCGCCGUCAGUGUGGCAGUGGAGGCCGUCUUAGCUCAGUUUAGUUCUUCUCGGACGGCGGUUCAGAAGGCCUUAUCAGGAGACAGCACCGUAAAUCCAUCCCUGGGUCGUCUGGUGCUGCAGUGCCUCUGCCCCGCCCUCCACAGCCUGCUGACGGACGGCCUCAAGCCCCACCAGAGUGACCUAAUUGCAGGCAGAAGGCCAACUUCCGCCUGGAGCCUGGUCCAGGCUUCAACUCGACCAGGACCUAAAACACAAGCCCUGUUCAACCUUCAAGCAAGAGUUGGAGAGCUGCCUCAGCUCAAGCAGAACAAACAUCGCUUCAAUGCAUUCGUCCUCGGAUUACUCAACUCAAAGAGACUUGAUUUCUGGGUAUCUCAUGUUCAGUCUUGCUGUGAUGUUUUGGACACGUACUACCGUCCGACCUCCUUCAUGCGUCUGUCGCUGACCGCCUGCCAGCCCCUCUUUGACGAGCUGCUGGUCGUCCUGCAGCCUCUCAGCCUGCUGACCUUUAACCUGGACUUGCUCUUCCAGCACCACCACUUAGAGCCCCACAGCCCUGUUUCAAAGGUGUGCAGCCCACCCGGUCAGGAUGCGGGACCAAAGGCGCCGCGUUCUCCGUUGAGAGGCGGCAGGUACGUGGAGAGCCUCUCGGAAGUAGACUUUGCGAGUCAAGAUCGUCAGGUAGCCUCGGCGGCUACUCCGAACAAUGGAGGGUUAGGAGGGUCUAGUGAUGGCAAUACUGCACCUACUCUGAGCCACACCAGUCCUCAGCUGAUGUGGGUCCAGGAGAAAAGGAUCGGCGAACUGCCACCUCCAAAUCUUGACGAGGAGGGCUUCGCUCAACAGGCUGGACAGGCGAUCCAACAGGGCUGGGGCGCUGUGAUGCGCUGGGGAGGCAGACUGAGCCAGAACCUGGGCGAGCUCAACCUGACUGCAGGAAGGACGAGUCCGGCGGAUCACCAAGCCGAGCCGGCUAGCGACUUUGCCGCGGUCAGCUCUGUCGCUCAGGUGCCCUGGGGUCUGAGUCGCCUCUUUGGCUCUACCCCCAAAAGUCCCAACAGUCCAGUGAGGCACGCACCACCAACCAGGCGGCCCUCUCAGUGGUUGGCCCCCAGUGUCACAGCGUUGACCCGAAUGGUGAGCAGCACUUCUGCUCCGGUAUUACGGAAAACGCCGGAACCCCAGUGGGGGACUGAGGCCAAGUCGGAGAGCGUCCCGGAUACACUGGAGAUGAUGGAUAGACCCAAAUCACUAAGGUCGGUGCGAACGCUGUGCGACUACGCCGGAAAGGCCUCGGAGCUCAGCUUCUGCAAGGGGGAGGAGCUGCUGGUCCUGGGGGGCGUCGACCAAGACUGGAUUCGCUGUCGUCAGGGAGACAGAGAGGGCCUGGUACCCAUUGGCUACACUUCGCUCAUCAUGUGACACCACGACUGCUGGACGCCAUGAAUUAAAGAUGACAACGACAACAAGAGAAGUACAUAAGAGGAAGAAAUAUUCCUGGGUAAAUACUGAGAGGUUGUGAUGAGGUUACGGUACUCUAAAAGGAAUAUUUCACUCGGCAUCCAAUAACUAAUAACUGCAUCUUGCCGUGAAAUAUCUCUUUAAGUGCACUUCCUGCAAUGUUUUGUUUGCAGAUCAGCGACUGUAGGGGUCGGCACUACGGUACAUCAUCAAGUAAAUACUAAUGCCCAUAGUACCACUUUUUACUUGAAAUUGAAUCAUUUUAUGAUAUGUAUUAAUUUAUUGGUUUGUUCAUAAUUAUUAUCGGACAAAUAUUCAAUGCAAACAAAUGACCGAUGUAGUAAAAUCAACAAAAUAGUGCAAAUAUUUUGUUUUAGUACAUACUAGGGUUGUACGGUAUACAGUAUUAGUAUAGAACCGCGAUACUAAUGGAUCGUAUUCGGUACUAUACCGCCCUUGAAAAGUACCGGUCCGCCACCACCAUUGGUGGAUCGACACCUAACAUCCACCGUAAUGAUACCAAGUACAGUAGCAUAUCUCGUCGAUACUACAAUGAUUAUGUCUAUUUUUUUGGCAUCACAACAUGUAUAUUAUGUUUAUAAACUCAGGAAAUAUUGUCCCUGGACACAUGAGGACUUUGAAUAUGACCAAUGUAUGAUCCUGUAACUACUUGGUAUCGGAUUGAUACCCAAAUUUGUGGUAUCAUCCAAAACUAAUGUAAAGUAUCAAACAACAGAAAAAUAAGUGAUUCUUACAUUUUAACAGAAGUGUAGAUAUAACAUGUUAAAAGAGAUAAUAAGUAGAUAUUAACAGUAAAUGAACAAGUGGAUUGAUAAUUAAUUUUCUACUAAUUUUCCUUAAUAAUGUUGACAAAAUAAUAGAAUGAUAAAUGACACAAUAUGUUACUGCAUAUGUCAGCAGACUAAAUUAGGAACCUUUGUUUGUUUACUUACUAAUAAAAAACAAGUUGUCUUGUAUGUUUACUAUUUUAUUUAAGGACAAACUUGCAAUAAGAAACAUAUGUUUAAUGUACCCUAAGAUUUUUUGUUAAAAUGAAGCCAAUAAUGACAUUCUUUGAGGUCCCUUUUUUUUUUUUUUAAGUAUCAAAGGACCAAAAUAUUGAUAUCGGGACAACGCUAGUGCAGGGAUUCCCAAAGUGCGGCGCGUAGCAACAUUUUUAAAGGCCUGCGGCACAUUUUAAAGUAUUUACUAAAAGGUUGAAUUUUGACCUAAUUCCUGUGAGAAUGCUGCAUUUGACUGAAGCAUUAAGGAAUGGGACUAUAAAGCGAGCUAGCUGCAGUCUGUUCAAACAACCACCAGGUAGCACCAUUGAGCAGGUAAUACUGUAUCAUCUCUUUCUCUUUCGGACUUAUCAGGUCCGUAGUGCAUUCUUCACUCAUGUUUUAAGUGAGGAAUGAGGCAAAAAGUAACACAGAUCUACUGUAUUACAAAAAAAAAAAACAUAAAAA